GGGCAGGGAGGGCUGGGCCUGCUGGAGAGCACCCCUUCCCUCCGCCCCUCUGCAGAGGAAGGCAGGGGCAACCUGGCCUGGGUGCUGCCCGCGGCAGGAUGGAGGACGAGGAAGGCCCCGACUGCGGCAAAGCCGACUUUGUGCUUUUGGACCAAGUGACCAUGGAGGACUUCAUGGAGAACCUGAAGCUCAGGUUCGAGAAGGGCCGCAUCUACACCUACAUCGGGGAGGUGCUGGUGUCCGUGAACCCCUACCAGGAGCUGCCCUUGUACGGGCCCGAGGCCAUCGCCAGGUACCAAGGCCGUGAGCUCUACGAGCGGCCACCCCAUCUGUAUGCUGUGGCCAACGCCGCCUACAGGGCGAUGAAGCGCCGGUCCAGGGACACCUGCAUCGUUAUCUCAGGGGAGAGUGGGGCAGGAAAGACAGAAGCCAGCAAGCACAUCAUGCAGUACAUCGCUGCCGUCACCAACCCUAGCCAGAGGGCCGAGGUGGAGAGGGUCAAGGACGUGCUGCUAAAGUCCACCUGCGUGCUGGAGGCCUUCGGCAAUGCACGCACCAACCGCAACCACAACUCCAGCCGCUUCGGCAAGUACAUGGACAUCAACUUUGACUUCAAAGGAGACCCUGUCGGGGGACACAUCCACAGCUACCUGCUGGAGAAGUCUCGAGUCCUCAAACAGCACGUGGGUGAAAGGAACUUCCAUGCCUUCUACCAGUUGCUGCGGGGCAGUGAGGACGAGAUGCUGCGAGAACUGCACCUGCAGAGGAACCCUGCCCUGUAUAAUUUCACCCGCCAGGGAGCAGGGCUCAGUGCCUUGGAGACCGAUGAGAAGAGCCACCACCAGGCAGUGACAGAGGCCAUGCGGGUGAUCGGCUUCAGCCCUGAGGAGGUGGGCUCCGUGCACCGGAUCCUGGCCGCCAUACUACACUUGGGAAACAUCGAGUUUGUGGAGACUGAGGAGGAUACCCUGGAGCAGGGGAGCCUGGCCGUGACGGAGGAAGUGCUGGUGGACCACGUGGCUGAGCUGACAGCCACACCUCGGGAGCUGGUGCUACGCUGCCUUCUGGCUCGCACUGUGGCCUCGGGAGGCAGAGAAGUCAUUGAGAAGGGCCACACUGCGGCUGAGGCCAGCUAUGCCCGGGACGCCUGUGCUAAGGCAGUAUACCAGCGGCUAUUUGAGUGGGUGGUGGACCGGAUCAAUGGUGUCAUGGAACCCCGGGGCCGGGACCCCCGGCGUGACGGCAAGGACACAGUCAUCGGUGUGCUGGACAUCUAUGGCUUCGAGGUGUUCCCUGUCAACAGCUUCGAGCAGUUCUGCAUCAACUACUGCAAUGAGAAGCUGCAGCAGCUCUUCAUCCAGCUCAUCCUGAAGCAGGAGCAGGAGGAGUAUGAGCGGGAGGGCAUCACCUGGCAGAGCGUUGAGUACUUCAACAACGCCACCAUCGUGGAGCUGGUGGAGCGGCCCCACCGCGGCAUCCUGGCCGUGCUGGAUGAGGCCUGCAGCACCGCGGGCCCCAUCACUGACCGCAUCUUCCUGCAGACCCUGGACACACACCACCGCCACCACCCACACUACACCAGCCGCCAGCUCUGCCCCACAGACAAGACCAUGGAGUUUGGCCGAGACUUCCGGAUCAAGCACUAUGCGGGGGAUGUCACGUACUCGGUGGAGGGCUUCAUUGACAAGAACAGAGACUCCCUCUUCCAGGACUUCAAGCGGCUGCUGUACAACAGCACGGACCCCACCCUGAAGGCUAUGUGGCCGGACGGACAGCAGGACAUCACAGAGGUGACCAAGCGCCCCCUGACGGCCGGCACCCUCUUCAAGAACUCCAUGGUGGCCCUGGUGGAAAACCUGGCUUCCAAGGAGCCCUUCUACAUCCGCUGCAUCAAGCCCAAUGAGGACAAGGUGGCCGCGAGGCUGGACGAGGGCCACUGUCGCCACCAGGUCGCAUACCUGGGGCUGCUGGAGAAUGUGAGGGUCCGCAGGGCCGGCUUCGCCUCCCGCCAACCCUACCCUCGAUUCCUGCUCAGGUACAAGAUGACCUGUGAGUACACGUGGCCUAACCACCUGCUGGGCUCCGACAAAGCGGCCGUGGGCGCCCUCCUAGAGCAGCAUGGGCUGCAGGGGGACGUGGCCUUUGGCCACAGCAAGCUCUUCAUCCGCUCACCCCAGACGCUGGUCACGCUGGAGCAGGGCCGCGCGCGGCUCAUCCCCAUCAUCGUGCUGCUGCUGCAGAAGGCAUGGCGGGGCACACUGGCGAGGCGGCGCUGCCGGCGACUUCGGGCCAUCUACACCAUCAUGCGCUGGUUCCGGAGGCACAAGGUGCGUGCCCACCUGGCAGAGCUGCAGCGGCAAUUCCAGGCUGCAAGGCAGCCCCCACUCUAUGGCCGCGACCUCGUCUGGCCACCGCCCCCCGCUGUGCUGCAGCCUUUCCAGGACACCUGCCAUGCACUCUUUUGUAGGUGGCGGGCCCGGCAGCUGGUGAAGAACAUCCCCCCUUCAGACAUGGCCCAGAUCAAGGCCAAGGUGGCCGCCAUGGGGGCCCUGCAGGAGCUACGGCAGGACUGGGGCUGCCGGCGGGCCUGGGCCCGAGACUACUUGUCCUCUGCCACCGACAACCCCACAGCCUCAGGCCUGUUUGCUCAGCGACUGAAGAUACUUCGGGAGAAGGACGGCUUCGGGACGGUGCUCUUCUCCAGCCACGUCCGCAAGGUGAAUCGCUUCAACAAGAGGCGGGACCGGGCACUCCUGCUCACAGACCGGCAUCUCUACAAGCUGGAGCCGGCCCGGCAGUACCGGGUGAUGCGGGCCGUGCCCCUGGACACGGUGACCGGGCUGAGCGUGACCAGCGGGCGGGACCAGCUGGUGGUGCUGCACGCGCGGGGCCAGGACGACCUGGUGGUGUGUCUACACCGCUCCCAGCCGCCGCUGGACAACCGCGUCGGGGAGCUGGUGGGCGUGCUGGCCGCGCACUGCCAGGGGGAGGGACGUGCCCUGGAGGUCCGCGUGUCGGACUGCAUCCCCCUGAGCCAGCGCGGGGCCCGGCGCCUCGUGUCAGUGGAGCUCAGGCCGGAACAGCCAGAGCCGGAUUUCCGCUGCAGCCGCGGCACCUUCACUCUCCUGUGGCCGAGCAGCUGAGCCGGCCUGUCCUGUCUGGGUCUGUCCGCCUGCACUAGGGCCUCCGGCCUCCCCGAAGGGCGAAGGCCGAGGGCUCCUGCAUCCCUGCACACCCGCGCGGGGACGGCCAGCGCCCUGAGCAAUAAAGGAUGCUGUAUCUCUGCCCA